CUAGUUUCGGCUUGAAGGGAGACUCGUACUGUGGCCCGAGGUGUAGGCGGCGGUUUCAACAUUGAACUGAAGCGACCGAUCGAGACGCAUCUCAGCCGAUUUUCGGAGCGCUGCUUGCGAUUUGCCCUUUUAUACCUCAGCUAAAUUUAGGGACAGACCUCGCUACGCUCAUCCUGAACGCGCUUCCUCCGCUCUGCUCAAUUGGUCCGGCGUUUGAGCAGCAAUAUUUAUAAGGUAGGAGCCCCACCAGGAGUUAGAAAAACUGUUUCAUAAGAGGCGAGGAUUUAAGUGUGCAGAUUACUGCUGCUUCUGGAGACGGGCAAGGUGGAUAAGGAGCGCACGAGCCAGUGCGUGUUUUAGACUACAGCUGGCAAAAGGAUCAUUUUGUGGUUUAUUUUUUUUUCCUGUAAGAAGCACCGGUUUUGUCUUGAAAAAAGUCUGGAUAUGGCUUUAAGCGGGGCGAUGUUGCCGUCGAUUUCGACAUUUGCGUACCAGAAGGAUAAAGCUUGGGAAGACAAGUGGAAAUGCGACAUGAGUAAAUGCGGCAUCCCAGCGCUGGACGGGUCACACACCGCGGAUAACUUCUUUAUCAGAAAAGACGAGGAGGACCUUAGCAAUUACCUAGAUUUGGACUUUAUCCUCACCAACACGGCGGCCCCGGAGAACAUGUCUGCACCCGGCGCUGAAUACCCGGUGCCCUCGGAGGCUGGCAGCCUGUACCAGCCCGGUACGGUGCAGGGUCAGUACACCGUGCCCGAACUCAGCGGCCCCCCUCCGCCCUACUCUUCCACCCUCAUGGAGGAACUUAUGAGAUCCGAUGCUGGCAGCGGUUACUGCGUGUCAAACGGCCCUGUCGUCCAGGGCAGGUUUUACAUCAACCACCACGCCUUCCCGAGGCAGGACUUUGACGGACUGAAAGUGGAGCCUCCUAUGGAGGACUACGGACCGGUGAUGGGCAUGGUGCCUCAGACCUGCCCCAAGAUCAAACAGGAGGGCAGCGCUGCUUGCAGCAUGUCGGUGGAGCAGCCCAGACUGGCCAACUCACCACAGACGGCCGGCAGUAUAACCCCUCCGCUCAGCCCGGACGACCACAUGAGCUCUAGGUGUCAGAACCAGAGGCGCAGCACCAUGGGCUUCCCUCAGAGCUACCACUCAACCGCGGGAUUCCCCCACGCGCACCCGCAGCCCCCGCAUGCGAUGCCGCUCGCCUUCCAGACUGCGCACCAGUUCGGCUUGUACGACGACGGCCUCUGCGUGCAGUCCGCGGCUCCCAGAAUGCUGCUCACUCCACCGUCGUCCCCGCUGGAGCUGAUGGACCCGAAGCCGAAGAGGGGGCGCCGAUCGUGGCCGAGGAAGCGGACCGCGGCUCACACCUGCACGUUCGCCGGUUGCGGGAAAACCUACACGAAGAGUUCACACUUGAAGGCGCACCACCGGACCCACACAGGUGAGAAACCAUACCACUGCAGCUGGGAGGGAUGCGGAUGGAAGUUUGCCCGCUCGGACGAGCUGACCCGCCACUUCCGCAAGCACACGGGCCACCGGCCCUUCCAGUGCCACCUAUGCGAGCGGGCUUUCUCCCGAUCCGACCACCUGGCCCUUCAUAUGAAGCGGCACAUGUGAGGUGCCACUGCCCUAUAGAGACUGUGCGCAAGUCAGUCAGUGCAGGGAAGAUACUGGAUAUCGAAGGACAAUCCCUUCCAUUUAAUGUCUUUUUUAAGUAAAUAAACAUUUGUAUUUUUUAAAAAUACUGUAGCGGGUACUACGUUUAGAAUACAUCUUAAAUACUGUAAAUUGAUUAUAUAGUGUUUGUUCUGGGGCAAACAUCAAACUAACAGGCUGGUCCUAAUCUCCGUAGUAACAAUUUUAGCAGACUUCACCGUAGUGCCUUUCCUAUCAAUAAUGGUAUGUUAGGGCUGAGGACCGAGAUGUCGACAAACUCCAGCAACUGCCUUUGUGCUUUAAUCCGGGCUUCCCGUUUGUUUAUCUAGGAAGCCGAAGACACCGGCGUCUUCUUCUUAAGUCAGGACUUAACGUUGGUAAAUAUGUAUUGAUACCUGUCUAUAUUUAGUCCCAAUUUACACUAUCGGUGCAGGAAUAUAUGACUUAUAAAAUAUUUUUUAAAAUUCCUGAAAUGUUGUGUACAUACUUUGGAUACUGUAUAUAGUGUAUUUAUUGUAAAUAUUAAACAAUUGACAGAGGGUGAA